AUGGUUCCGUCUUCGUCUACCAUCCCAUACGAAGAUCCUACGCUGCUGUUUGCGAACGCGGGAAUGAAUCAAUUCAAAUCCAUUUUUCUUGGUACUGUGGAUCCACAAUCGGAGCUGGCGCGGCUCAGGCGCGCCUUCAACAGCCAGAAGUGCAUUAGGGCAGGGGGGAAGCACAACGACUUAGAAGAUGUCGGCAAGGAUUCUUAUCAUCAUACCUUUUUCGAGAUGCUCGGUAAUUGGUCUUUCGCAAUUGCAUUCUCCUGGGAGCUCUUGACAGAGGUUUAUCAGCUUCCGAAGGAUCGACUUUAUGUAACGUAUUUCGAGGGAGAUCCCUUGAACGGGCUUGAUGCUGAUAACGAAGCACGGAAAUUCUGGAUCGCGCAAGGGAUCGCUGAGGAUCAUAUUUUGCCUGGAAAUGCUAAGGAUAACUUUUGGGAAAUGGGAGCUACUGGACCAUGUGGACCAUGCAGCGAGAUCCAUUUCGAUCGCAUCGGCGGUCGAAACGCUGCACAUCUUGUCAAUAAGGACGAUCCUGACGUCUUGGAGAUCUGGAACAACGUCUUCAUGCAAUAUAACAGGGAAGAUGACGGUUCUCUUAGAGUACUGCCCGCCCAACACGUGGACACUGGCAUGGGAUUUGAGCGUUUGGUGUCCAUCAUCCAAGGAAAACGCUCCAAUUAUGACACGGAUAUCUUUACCCCAAUUUUCUCUCGAAUUCAGGAGCUGACUGGCGCUAGGCCAUACCAAGGAAAGUUCGGAGCUGAUGAUGAGGAUGGAGUAGACACUGCCUACCGCGUCAUCGCUGAUCACGUACGAACACUGACAUUCGCGCUCAGCGAUGGAGGUGUACCUAACAACGUUGGACGCGGUUACGUGCUUAGGCGUAUUUUGCGCAGAGGGUGCCGCUAUGCGCGGAAGAAAUUUGGAGUGAACAUCGGGACUUUCUUCUCAUCUUUGAUGCCCACCGUCAUUCAACAGCUGGGUGAUGUAUUUCCAGAAAUUACUAAAAGAACAGAGGAGAUCCAAGAAAUUCUGAAUGAAGAGGAAGAAUCCUUUUCUCGUACACUCGAUCGCGGAGAGAGGUUGUUCGAUCAGUACGUAUCUCGUGUCAAGCAACAAGGAAGGAGUGAGCUAUCGGGGAAAGAUGUUUGGCGACUUUACGAUACCUACGGAUUCCCAGUUGACUUGACGCGUCUAAUGGCGGAUGAACUUGGUCUCAACGUCAAUGACGAAGAGUUCGAUGCGGCUCAGGCACAAUCGAAAGAAGCCAGCAAGGCGAAUCCGAAAAAGGGUGACAAGGAGGCUAUCAAGCUUGAUGUUCAUGACAUCGCAGAGUUGGAGAAGACACUCGGUGUAGCGAAGACGGAUGAUACUACUAAAUAUAUGCCCGGGAAUGUCAUCGCCCACAUUGUGGCAAUAUACUCGAACAGAUCUUUCGUGACCUCGACAUCGACCACAUCACGCGAUGAGGAUUUUGGCAUUGUCCUCGAUCGCACUAGCUUCUACGCCGAAUCGGGCGGUCAGGAGUUUGAUACUGGAAGCAUUAUUAUAGAUGGCGUCGCCGAAUUCGAAGUUGCUAACGUCCAAGUUUUCAACGGGUAUGUCUUGCAUAUUGGUCAUCUCAAGUACGGCGACUUGCAAGUUGGGAACGAGGUGAUAUCGUCAUAUGAUGAGCUAAGACGAUGGCCACUACGCAACAAUCACACCGCGACACACAUUUUGAACUUCUGUCUCCGUGAUGUUUUAGGGGAUCAUAUUGAUCAGAAGGGCUCCCUCGUCGCUCCUACUAAGCUUCGCUUCGAUUUCUCCCAUAAGGCACAAAUACCUGCAUCAGAACUGACUAGGAUUGAAGAGAUGAGCCGAGAUUGGAUUCGACGUAAUGUGCCCGUCUAUAGCAAAGAAGUUGGAUUGCGCGUAGCUCAAAGUAUUCCCGGGCUCAGGGCAGUUUUUGGCGAGGCGUAUCCUGAUCCUGUCCGCGUUGUAUCGCUAGGCUUCGAUGUCGACGAGAUCAUUACAGAUAUUAGCAACCCGAAGUGGAGAUCGACAAGCAUCGAGCUCUGUGGUGGAACUCAUGUCAUGAAGACUGGUGACAUUACAGAUUUCAUAGUCACAGAAGAGUCCGGGAUUGCAAAGGGUAUUCGGCGUAUUGUAGCCGUUACAGGACAUGAAGCUGCGCAGGCACGUCAGAAGGCGAAUGCGCUACAAGCACAACUCAAUCGGCUAGAAACGAUGAAUAGUAUCGAGAAGGAUACGGGAUUGAAAGCAUUUACGUUUGAUCUUGGUCAAGCGGACAUUUCGGUGCUGAAGAAGGCUGAACUUCGUGAUCGUCUUGCCGUGGUACGCAAGGUUUUUGAUCGGGAGAUGAAGGAGAAGGAGGCGACUACGAUCAGAGCCGCUGCAUCUGAUGUACUCGCCUACUUCGAAGCUAACCCGGGUUCCGACGCAUAUUUUGCAAUUCUUGAUGUCACUGCUAAUACAAAGGUUUUACAGGCAGUUGCCCAGCAGGCAAAAAAGUUAGGAAAAUCAGUCUAUGUUUUCAGCUCUGACUAUGCUGAAGGCAAAGUGGGACAUAUCAAUUGUGUGUCUGAGGCUGCUAAGGCAAAAGGUUUGGAUGCUAGGAACUGGGCUGCAGUGGUCACAGAUAUUUUAGGGGGCAAGGCUGGGGGAAAAGAUGAAAGUGUGCAAGGUGUGGGUGUAAACAUUGGUCAGUUGAGAGAUGCUCUUGCAGCUGCAAAAGUAUACUUUGAGCAGCAUACUUGCCUGUAA